AUGUUGCCAAAAUCGCUCUUGUGUGCAGACACGUGCCGGACCUUCGGCAGUGGGGUGGUGCAGCCUUUCGAUGGAAGGCCCUUCCACGUUCGCUCCGACUGCCCUUUCACACUCUUGACGUCCACCCACAACAAAGUGGAGUGUGCAAUUACCACACGCAGAGGAGGGAAUGGACUGCUGACACAUGCCCAAAUAGUCAUCAACAAAAUCAAGACCGAUUUGCGCCAGGGAAGCAUCUAUGUGAGCGGGGAAAGCAUCCAAUUGCCCUAUGACCACAAAUACCAGCACAUAUUUCCCUAUGGCAUUUACACCAAACUGCGGAGCACUGUGUUUCCCCUGUCUGUCUUCUGGCACACUGUUCCUGGAGGAAUUGACACUUUAUGGGCCUGCAGACAGUUUUUUUCCUACACGUUGGACUGUCUGAGGAACACAACCUCAGAAUAUAUCCAGUUGUGUGAAGAGAACAUCUGCGGCUUUGAAGAAAACCAGGCGGUGGGUUGUUCCUUCUUCAGAGAGAUUGUACGACUCUGCGGGAAAAGCCACUUUCUGUGGGACAUUUGGAGAGACUUAACCCAUUGCGGUGCGCCCGAAUGUCCCGGGGAGCUGUUUUAUGCGGAGUCUGGUCCAGCUUUUGUUCCUAGCUGCUCAAACCAACAAAUCGACAGCUCCGAACUGACAAGCUCCUGUGUCUGCCCCAGUGGUCUGGUGCUUGACGACCAUCACGAGGGAGCCCCUUGUGUGAGUGUGUCCAGCUGCUCGUGUGUGUUCAAUCACCAUCUUUAUAAACCGGGAGACACACGCAGUAAUAGAAGAGAAGCAUGUUUAUGUUCUGAUGGAGAAUGGAAAUGCACUCCGCUGCACUUCCCCCCUGUUUGUGUGAUAGAAGGACUGUAUGUCACUACUUUAGACGGGAAACCAUACGUGCUGGGCGAGGGAUGUUCGUUUGUGGCUGCAAAGGCCUGUGUCCAGAGAACAUGCAGCUGUCGCUCCAAUCUGCAUGAGUGCUUGUGCUCUGCUCUGUCCAGUUACGUCAAGGCCUGCACCCGUCUGGGGGUAGAGGUGGGGGAUUGGAGAAUGGCCACCAACUGCACCGUGGAGUGCCUUGGGAACCAGGAGUUUUCCUAUCAUGUCAUGGCCUGUAACCGCACGUGUCGCUCCCUGUCGGGGACGGACCUGUCCUGUCUCCUGGAGCACAUCCCGGUGGAGGGUUGUGGAUGUCCUGAAGGAACUCAUCUGAACCAUGAGCUCAGUUGCAGUUCCAAGGCUUAUUGUGAGUGCCACUAUAACGGGGGCACCACACCACCCGGGCCAGCCGUCAUCAAUGGCCGGCAAUGGUGA